AUCGUGGAAAAAUUUGAUGAUUAUAGAAUUCAACAAAUCAUCAUCAGAUACUCUUAAGUGUAGAAUGUAAGCCAACAAAAGUAUCAAAUAAGGAAAAGCUUCAAAUGGCGUGAAGCAAAGAACAAACAUAGCUUUGUUAUAUAGAAAAAGAAUCUGUGAAACUUUGGUUUUAGGAUUUUGUUAAUUGAGAAGAGAAGUGGGAGGAUUUAAGUUGUUGAUAAGGAGAAGUAGCAAAUCUGGGGAAGUCAGCAGGAGAAUUGUUUGUGGGUAUAUUUGAUUGUAUCCAUGACAUUACAAUUGCUUUGGAUUUGUAUACUGGAAUGAAAGAUCCUGCUGCUUAUAGAGUUAAAACCAUGUCUCGUAUUGCUCAAUGGAAGAUUGAAAACAUUUCUUCUAAUUAUGCUUAUAUGAAAUCAGAUCCUUUCAAGCUUGGAAACUGGAAUUGGCAUAUAUCAGUGGAGAAGAAUCGAAUGCUGUUUAUAAAAUUACACCCUGAGAUAUCAAAUGUAACAAGAGAUCAUCCUCCUAUUGCUUCAUUUGUUAUCCGGGUCAUUUGUUAUGCCGACAAUCGAACUGUUCUGGUUCAUCCAGAGGUAACGGAUAAACAACUGAAGAAAAACGACGAUUUUAUUUGGACAAUUGAUUCUUCAUUUACAGGGAAGUUCAUUGUUGAAGUUGAGUUUACUGAUCUCAAGACAACUAGUCCAGACGGAGGUGAACUAUGUUCAAUCUGGGGUGAAGGAUUCAACAAGAAACAGUCCGAUACAAAAGCUCUAGCAGGACUAGCACAAAUGUUAUCUGAAAACAUUCACAAUGAUAUAACAAUCAAUACUUCUGAUGGAAAACUAGGUGCUCAUCGUGCUGUUCUUGCUGCACGGUCACCUGUUUUUCGUAGUAUGUUCUCACAUAAUUUAAAAGAGACUGAAUUGUCAAGCGUAGAUAUUUCUGAUAUGUCCAUGGAAACUUGUCAAGCUUUCUUAAACUACAUUCAUGGAAGUAUCGAUGAUGAGGAGUUCCUUAGUAAUAGGCUUGCGCUUCUUCAUGCUGCGGAUAAGUACGAUGUCUCUGAACUUAAAGAAUCUUGUCAUGAUAGUCUUGUACAGGAUAUUAAUACGGAGAACGUACUUGAUCGGAUACAAAUUGCAAAUCUGUAUCAGUUGCCGAUACUGAAGAGUACUUGUAUGAGGUAUCUAGUGAAGUUCGGCAAAAUAUUUGACAUUCGUGACGAAUUCACUGAUUUUCUUGUGUGUAGAGAUAGGGAACUCAUAGCUGAUAUUUUCCAUGAAGUUCUCAAUAGUAGGAAAGGUUUCUGAAAUUCUCAUAAAAGGAAAUAUGAAAGACACUUAAAUA